GAUGAUAAUGAUGGAUGGAUGGAGACCGCAAAGUACGCCACAUGCCGCGGCCAUGGUGCACUGAACCUGAUUACAUGAACAUUUCGUAUAAAAGCCCCAUGGAUCCCCGACGGCCCACACAGUGUGAAAAGCGAACGCGCUCCAAUCGGUGGUCAGAUAGUGGGAUAAGCUUGCAGGAUUAAUUAAAGGACCAACUAAAGGACCCACUAAGCAAAUACAGAAUGGCCAAACCAACACCGCAGCGACCUCCGUUAGUCGGGAACAUCUUGGCUCUGAUGCUGCUGCUGCUGGCGGCCACAGGGCUCGAGGCACGCCGCAUCGCUCACCGGCGCCUCAUCAUCCAUGUGCCCGUCAAGGUGAAGACCCACCAUCACACCCACACGGUCUACAAGGCGCUCCACGGCUCCCACGGUGGCGGUGGCGGCGGCGGCGGCGGCGGCGGCGGAGGGAUCAAGCAAACCGUCUACAAAGUGCUCGGCUACUCCACACACGGAAAGGGAGGAAUCGUCGGCGGCGGAACUGGCGGUGGCUAUGGCAGCUAUGACAUGGGCGGCUUGGGGGGCAUGGGUCAUGGCGAAAUCACGUACGAGGAUAUGCACGGAUGCGAGAGCGGCAAGGUGGUGCCGGCGCAUCGGGACAUGAUUUUCAAUCAUUACUCGCGCCACGACGAACGGGAGGAUGCCUUGGAUGCCAUGGCGGCGGACUUUGACGAGGAGCAGGACGAGUUCAUAGAUGUUCGGGAUGGCUGGUUGUGAAUAAAGUUACGUGUGGGAAAACAUUGCCGAUUAAUUAUAA